AUGGAUUGUUUGGGCGGAAUCUUGGGUACAAUCUUGGCUGAUAUAGGGCGUGGUAUGUGCAGAUCAACUUAUACUCGGACCAUAUAUACGAUCCGGUACAAGUCAAACAUCAAUGCUUUGAAGAAUGCGCUCAAUGGUCUUGCGAAAGUUGAGAACAAAGUGAAUCAAGACCUCAAAACCUUGGAAAUCAAAAGGAAAUCCUUGCAUGUGCAAUUGAAGAGAUGGCUAAGAGACGUGGAAGAUACCGUCUCCCAAGCAAAUUCAAUGCAAGAAAGACGUGUUUCAUGUGCUCCGUUCUUGAAAUGCAGGCUUAGCCAAAAACUUGUGGUAAUUCUUGAGGAAGUCAAGAGGCUUGAGAAGCGAGGCGUCGAGCUUCUCCACAUAUUCUCUGUGGAAGGUAAAUCUGAACUAGUUGAAAAAAUCCUUGGACCCUCGAUUCUUGAUCAAACAGUAGCAUCAAAGAUGGUAGUCAAAGUUAUAAACAGUUUGAUGAGCGAUAAGGUUCAAAAGAUCGGUGUUUGGGGUAUGGGUGGAGUCGGGAAGACAACACUAGUCAGAGAACUCAACAAUAAGCUAUGGAAAGAAGCUGCUACACAACCUUUUGGUAUGGUGAUAUGGGCAACUGUUUCCAAAGAGUUUGCAUUGGGAAAGGUCCAGAAGCAAAUCGCCGAGAGAUUGGAUGUGAAAAUCAUAUUAGGCGAAACCGAGGAAAAUCUAGCAAGACGGAUUUAUAGAAAGCUUGAGAACAUAAGUAGCUUUCUUCUCAUACUUGAUGAUGUCUGGAAAUCCAUUGACUUAGACCAGUUGGGAAUUCCACAAACAGAUGGUUCAAAGAUUAUCUUGACUUCUAGAUUAUUAGGGGUUUGUCAGAGCAUACGAACGGAUAUUGAUUUCAAGGUGGAUUGCUUAUGUGAAGAAGAAGCUUGGGAAUUGUUUUGUCAAAAUGCUGGAGAAGUAACCAGAUCAGUUCUUGUUAGACCCAUUGCCAAAAAAGUUGCUCGAGAAUGUGGUGGAUUGCCUUUGGCUAUCAUCACGGUUGGAAUGGCUAUGCGGGGCAAGAAGAUGGACAAGUUGUGGAAACAUGCUCUCAAGAAACUCAAGAGUGCAGUACCUUGUGUCAAGGGUAUUGAAGAAAAGAUCUACCAGCCUUUGAAAUUGAGCUACGACUCGCUAGAAGGAAAGAUGAAAUCUUGCUUCCUCUUCUGUGCCUUAUUUCCGGAGGAUUACUCAAUUGAAGUAGUUGAGCUUGUCAGGUACUGGAUUGAAGAAGGAUUCAUAGAUGAAAAAGAAAACCAUAGCUACUUAAUGAAUCAAGGAAUUGUUUUGGUAGAGAAUCUGAAAGACUCUUGCUUGCUAGAAGAAGGUGCUCGUGAUGGCACUGUUAAGAUGCAUGAUGUGGUUCGUGAUUUUGCCAUAUGGGUAAUGUCUUCCUCGCAAGAUGAUAGUCACUCUCUUGUCAUGUCUGGUAUAGGCUUGGUAGAGUUUCCACAAGAAAAGUUUGUUCCUUCUCUCCAAAGAGUUUCUUUAAUGAACAAUAAGCUUAUAAGUCUCCCCAAUCAAGUGGGGGUAGAGUGUGUUCAACUCUCGGCUUUACUGCUACAGGGAAAUUUUCACAUCAAGGAAUUGCCUGAAGAGUUCUUGCUAUCUUUCCCAGCUCUUCGGAUUCUAAAUCUAAGUGGGACACACAUAAGUUCAUUGCCUGAAUCCCUCAACAAGCUUAAUGAACUCCGAUCUCUCAUCUUGAGAGACUGCUACUACCUUGAUAAAGUUCCUUCCCUUGAAGGCCUUACAAAACUUCAACUUCUUGAUCUUUGUGCCACUCGUAUUAAGGAAUCACCACAAGGGUUGGAAACUUUGAUCAGCUUGAGACUACUUGACCUCUCCCGAACACAUCACCUCGAAAGAAUUCCAGCUGGAGUCAUCCGAAAGUUAUCAAGUUUAGAGGUUCUAGACAUGACACUUAGUCAUUUCCACUGGACCGUCCAAGGACAAACUCAAGCAACACUUGAAGAGAUUUUGUGUCUCCAUCGUUUAUCAGCUCUCUCAAUCAGGGUCGUAUCUGUUCCACAUCUUUCCCCUGAGCACAGUUCUUGGAUAAAAAGAUUGAAGAAAUUUCAAUUGUUUAUUGGUCCAACAGCAAACUCCUUACCUACUAGACUCGACAAGCGGAGAGUAACAAUAAGUAGUCUCAAUGUUUCAGAGGCAUUCAUUGGGUGGUUGCUAGCCAAUACAACCUCUCUAGUGAUGAACCAUUGUUGGGGUCUCAAUGAGAUGCUAGAGAACUUGGUAAUCGAUAGCACGAGUAGCUUCAACAUGUUGAGUUCUCUAACUGUAGAGAGUUUUGGUGGAAGUAUAAGGCCUGCUGGUGGAUGCACCGCGCAGCUUGAUCUUUUACCUAACAUCGAAGAACUUCAUCUACGUCGUGUUAAUAUGGAAACCAUUAGCGAGCUCGUGGGUCAUUUGGGGUUGAGAUUUCAGUUAUUGAAACAUCUAGAAGUCAGCAAUUGUAGCCGGCUCAGAAGCCUUCUCUCAUUAGGGAAUCUCAUAUGUUUCCUACCAAACCUACAAGAAUUACAAGUUAGCUUUUGUGAAAUGCUUCAAGAGUUGUUCGACUAUUCUCCAAGCGAAGUUUUAGCUUCCGCUGAAUCUGUGGUACCUGCUCUACGUGUAAUAAGGCUGAGAAAUCUCCCGCGGUUGCAGAGACUAUCUAAAAAAGAAGAGUCAUGGGAAUCUCUAGAACAUGUAGAGGUGAUAAGAUGCAAUCUUCUCAACAAUCUACCCAUUAGCUCAAGUAACGCUCAUAGAGUCAAACAAGUUAAAGGAGAAACACACUGGUGGAAUAACUUAACUUGGGAUGAUAAUACUACGAGAGAAACCCUUCAACCUCGUUUCGUACCAGCUCAUGCUUGA